AUGUUCCCCGAUGAGCUCAAGGGACUGACGCCGGUCGAAGAGAAGCUCAUCUCGCUGAACUCAUGUUACGGGAGCUGGCCACCAAAGUGCUCCCGCACCCUUUUGCAAGCACUGGACGAGAUCCACAUCUCGUGGCAGGGCGCGGAGAAGCCGGCACCGAGCGACCUGUCGAGUCUCUUGUCGGUGAGGCGGCGGGUGGUCGAGAGGGCCCUUGUCUGGCUGAAGCGGAACAACCCCACUACGCCGAGAUCGAGAUCGACGCGGCGGAGAUGGAGAGCUGGGAGACUCGAUACACGUGAGAUCGAGGAGCUCUUCGCCCUGCUCAACCAAGGACAAGAAGCCGGCGGCCAGGGUGAAGGUCACGGGCCCAACGGAGAAGGCGCGGUUCGCGAUGGAAGUGACGCCUGCCCCGACCAGAACGUUCCAGCGAUCAACGAGGUGACGUCUUCUGGCAUGUUCGCGCUCGACGGACCGCCAGACGUCGCGGACGUGGAGAAGCUGCAGUUUGCCUGUGACGCUGUUGGUGAAGGUGCCGACGACGGCCGUGCGGGCCCGAGAGCGUGGGUCGGGUCCCUAGCCGGGGGGGUUCGGGGGCGUGGCGACGGUGGUUGUGAGCCAUACAUCCGGGUUUCGCGGGGUGAGUUUACCGAUUCCUUUGAGGCGUCCUUCUUUGCCAGGACGUUCCCGACCCUGUUCCCAUUUGGCGUUGGGGACCAAGAAAGGCUAGCGGCGGCGAGGGUCGAGUUGGAGAGCUCGGGUAAGACGACCGAUGGUGACGUGAAGGAGCUUCUCAGGAGCCUCUCGCUUUACGGCCACCGGCAGCCCAUGUCGAGAGAGGUCCGUCUCAAUAUGCGGCGGAAAAUCCAGUCGCUCAUCGUCGGAUAUGGCGUGCCGGCCAUCUGGUUCACCAUCAACCCGAACGACAUUACGAACCCGGUGAAGCUGCGACUGGCGGCAUACCGCACACGCGAUCCCGACGCGGCCGAGGAGUUCUUAGAAGGCCUUGGGGAUGCGUAUAAGCGGGCACGGCUGGCGAUAUCGGAUCCCAUGAGCUCGGCCGUGUUCUUCCACCGCGAGAUGAAGCUAUUCUUCGAUCAUUACGUGAAGGUCGGUGAAGACUCGAUGCUUGCCGACAUCCACGGGGAGGAUCAGGCGGCGUAUCGCGAGCGAAUUGUCCGAUACAUCGAUAGCGUCUUCUCAGAGGAUCUGGACCAGGAAAGUUUUUGCGCCGUGCAAGCGGAGCGAUCUGUGACGGGCGGUAUUGGUUCCCUGCUGGACAACGCCGCGCAGUUCUCGGCCGCGUUUAUCGAGGAGGCCAACUUCUGUGCCGGCGCGACGCAGGUGCACACGCAUAGCCCGACCUGUGUGAAGUAUUCCUUGGGCAAAGGAGGGCGGAGGGGACCUCUGCCGGUUCAAGGCGCCAUGGAGAUCCGGAGGACACACAGCAUGGUCAAUCGAUGGAACGAGGCUAUUGCUGUCGGGCUCCGGCACAACCAUGAUAUUUCCUUCAUUGCGACGCAGCGCAAGACAAUGGCCCUCAUCUAUUAUGUCACGAACUACGCGACCAAGGUGGAGGACCCGGUGUGGAAGCGUGUGGCGGCCGCGGCCGAGCUCCUGGCCGCCUCAACAGGGAACAGGACGCGACAGUUCCUGAUGAGAGUGGCGAACCGCGUGUUCACGGAGCGUCCGCUAUCACAGGUCGAGGUCGUCGCUCACCUUCUCGGAUAUCCGGCCGAGUUCACCGACAGCAGCGCGUGGGCGUACCUGAACUGUUCUCUGCUGUACUGGGAAGUCUUUCGGCGAUGGCGGCAUCUCCGAGAAGCCAGUGGCGCUGCGGCUAUGGAUGACACCUUGGAUGAGUCGGUGCUCAGGCGGCCGGGCAAGCACGCUACCGUCUGCCUCGACGGCUACCUGAGCAAGGACUUCACCUACGAUGACGAGUCGUGCUACCGGAGGGCAGCCGUGCAGCAUCUUGCGCUGUUCGUGCCGUGGGAGUCCUUCCUGGGCGAAGGAACAGGUGAGAUCAACAGCAUCUGGGCGCGGGCUCGAGACGCUAUGGCCCCGAGAAUAUCAUGUCUCGUCGACAACGUGCAGCUGCUUCGACGAUCCGCCGAAGACGCAAAACGCGACGCCAAGCAAUGGGCAGCCUCGUCCGGCGAUGGCGACCCGACGGUCGCACACGUCGAGGAGGGUGGAGCAGGCGAGGCGGGCGCGGAGUCUGCAGCGACAUAUCAGCCCAACAGCAUCGGAGACGCAACGCGGCUCAUCGACGUCGUCCGAGGUGCAGUGGGAGCGAAUCAGGUGACGGCCAAGUCGCCGGAGCUCAUGGCAAUGAUACAGCAGCUCUGGCGGGUAUUUUCCGGGGCCGCACUACCGCCGCAGGAUCAGGUCAAGGCUAUCAAGUCGCAGCAGCGUUGCGAAGGUGAUGACCGGUUUCGGGAGGACGAGGUCGAAAUGACGAUGGCCGACUCCGACGAGACCGCUAUCGACGCAGGGGCGGGAAUGGACGUUCAGUUUGGCCCAUCAACCUCCUUCCUCGCGGCGGGCAAGGUGUUGGCAACACGGCUGACGCUGAACAAGAGGCAGUCCAUCGCUUUUCUGAUAAUAUGCCGCCAGCUCGAUUUGAUGCAGCAGACCGACGGGGCGAUGCCUGCCAGCUGCGCCAGUUCGUCGGCGGAGCGGUUCAUCCACGGCCAGUCUCGAAUGGAUUGGCAGGAGAAGGAUGUGCUCGUCAUCGACGAGGUGAGCAUGCUCGGGGCGCGGACGCUGCACGCCGUGAACGAGCGGCUUCGCCGGCUUCGCGGAUCGCGGCAAGAUUUCGGGGAUCCCAUCGUCCUCUUCUGCGGAGAUUUUCAGCAGUUCCGGCCGGUCCAAGAGAGGUCGAUCGUCCUGCCUAGCGCGGCCAUCUCGUGGGACGUAGACAACUCGUUCAAGGCCGAGCAGCGUCACCAGCACGACAAAGCGCACGCACUGUGGAAGAGGUUCACGACGGUCGUCAUGCUGGACGAGCAGAUGCGCGCCGCCGGCGACCCGGAGCUGCAGAGGCUGCUGAAGCGGAUCCGUCUAGGCGUGCAGGAUCGGACGGAUCUAAACCUCCUCAACUCAAGGUGCUACCGGGAGGGAAGGCGGAUCCCUUGGGAGACGGGCAUCACCGUGGUGACGCCGCUCAAUAGGAAUCGGUGGAACCUGAACAUGGAGGCGAGCCUGGCGUUCCGGGUCCAGCAGCGGUCGACGAUGCGCAUUUUCAUCUCCGAGCACAAGUGGAAGGAGGAGCUGCCGACGGAGGAAGAGGCGAUCAUGAUACUCAACCAGGGCGACGAUAGCGCGAUCCCGGUGCCGGCCGUCUUCAUGUUCGUGGCCGGGAUGCCCAUCGUCGUGAACCACAACACCCACCAGGGGCUGAAGCUAGUGAACGGCGCGAGCUACUCGGCGGUGGAGGUCAUUGUCGACAAGGCGUACCCGGGGCAUCGGAUCUCGGCCGAUAUGACGAUCCACUUCGGGCCGCCGGCGGGGAUCAUUCUCGAAUCGGAGACGACGAGAUAUCUCCACUUCUGCCAGCGAAAAAGGCCGUGGCAACGCAACGACGUCAGCCGAAAGGGUUUGCCGUGCGCAGCAGCGUUCGCGUGCACGGACUACAAGGUGCAGGGCAAAACGCUGGAGCGCGUGGCCCGAGCUGCGAGGACACGGACGACGAAGAUGGAUGGAACGGUGGUGCCCUCGCAGUGCGACCCGUACGGCCUGUACGUGCAGCUAUCGCGCUGCCGAACUCUAGACGGCAUCAUGCUCGUGUCCAAGGUGCGGGACAGAGACUUGGUGGGCAACCGGGUCCCCGAGGAGAUGACUGCCGCACAGGCCAGGCUCGAGGUACUGAGCGAGAGGACCGUUGAGGAGGCGUUGCGCUGGCUGGACGGUGAUGCUGAAGAGUCAAGGCGGCCGGGCUAG